AUGGGCACGAAGGUACUCAUCGAGAUGAAACAGCAGCUGAGACACGUUGUGGCCAGCUCUGAAAAUGCACCGACCAGCACUAAGCAGCUAGAGGACUUGAUGGACGUCAACAACUCAAUUUUUCUAGUCUUCGAAGAUAUUACUUAUACUGCCAGGCCGUGGAUCCUAUCUGGGAUACCGUCGAUAAUUCGUGGAAAGAAUUCCCAAUUGGGACAAACAAUUCCGAAAUCCUUCCGAAGCAACACCAGAGAAAUCCGCCGUUAUUGCAGAGUGAAAGUAUGGAUUACACAUAUAAAUAAAAUAACGCGUUUACACGAAGUUUACAUGCAGCUCACAUUGGAAAUAUCGCAUCAUGACCGUGAAAAUGAAGUUCAUGAUAUCUUCUUGGUUCAAUGUGCGUUGAUAGUUUAG